CUUUAAGGAGACGGUGUCGCUGCAGUGUGGAGACCGAUACAGAACUCUGUAGACCCGGUCGGACCAGGUGUUCGGGUCCCGCUGAUCAAAGCUGUCUGGACUUUAAACUCAGUUGAUCUUUGUGACUCUGUGGAUCCACCUUUAUGUGAACUCUGUCCAUGUUGGAGGAUCCCGUCCGACCCCGUCCGACCCCGUCCGACCUGAGCCCGUGUGGAGCAGAUGCAGCAUGUGGAGUGAUGCUGCUCCGCCGCCGGUUCUGCUCCGGUCCGCUGCUGCUGCUGCUCGGGGUGGCGGGGUGUCUGUUCUACCAGACCCUGAUGGUGGCCCGGAACCGGCUCCGGGCCGGACCGCGACGACCCGCCGCCCACAUCCAGAGCAGGAGGCCGCCAGAGGAGGUCCUGAUGGAGGAGACGGGGAGCUGGAUCUCCAGUCUGGAGGCUCUGCGGAGAGAGACCCAGAUCCAGGUCUGGUCCCAGCAGCCCCCCCGCCGGCGUCGUGCCGUGGUUCUGACGGGUCGCCACCUGGUGUCGGACCCUGAGGUCCAGCUGUAUCAGCAGGUCCUGCAGCAGAUGGACUACGAGGUCCAGCUGUCCAGAUACGCCGAGACCAGCAGCUUCCUCCGAACCAACCACGGUGUGAGGGGGUGGAGCCUGUUGCUGUGUCUCAGUAGUUCAGAGAGAAGCUGUCUGAGGAGAAUCUCCUUCUCUCACCUGCAGCAUCAUCAGACGGUGAACCUGUUGCCCAGGAUGAUGGAGGCGUUCUCCGAUGCAGGCGGAGGACUGUGUCACUUCUACACUCAAUCACACCUGACAGGAUCUGAACUACCCAUGAUGCAACAUGCCUGUGGACCGACUAUUCAGAAGCUGCAGGUUCCUCAGGACUCAGUGGAAGGGGACAGUCACUCACCUGCCGGAGCUCCGCCUCCUGCUCUAGUUGCCAUGGUGAAUAUUUACGUCCUGGUGACAUCAGUGAAGCCGCUGACCUCCUUCCUGCAUGACAUCAGCGUGGUGACGACCAAUCAGGAGCAGCGGGGACGGCCCACAAAGCUCGGGAACUUCCUGCUGCAGCAACUGGGACCGACCAUAUCCCAUGAUGCCUUGGGGCAGAUAAAGAAGGUGAUAGGUGACGUGCUGCUGGCCGCCCUGUCGACCAAUGAGAAGCAACAAACUGUCAGCAGGUGUGUGUUGUGUUACCAGUUGCUGACCUUCACUCUGCUCUUCAGCGGCUCCAUCACACCUGUCAUAGUCCAGGUGGAAACUGAUCUGACCUUCUCUGCUCUGAGAGGAGACACCUUUGAUGGACAGAUCACCAAAGACCUGAUCCUGGAGGACACGCUCCGCUUCCUGCACCUGUCCUCACAGACACACCUGUCCUCAGAGACACACCUGUCCUCACAGACACACCUGUCCUCAGAGACACACCUGUCCUCAGAGACACACCUGUCCUCACAGACACACCUGUCCUCAGAGACACACCUGUCCUCAGAGACACACCUGUCCUCACAGACACACCUGUCCUCAGAGACACAGACCGAGGGGAGACAGUACGGUGGCUGCAGAGGGACACACGGCAUCUGUUUGUCAGAGGACGAGUUUCUUCUUCUGCUUCAGUUUCAGCAGCAGAUGAAGACGCCUUCAGCUUUUCAACUGCUGUAUCCUAGCUGCUCCUCCUCCUGCUCCUCCUCCUCCUCCUCCUCCUCCUCCUCCGGUCCUCUCAGUGUCUCAGAUCUUCAGAUCCGGAUCAGCCGGUACUACGAGCUCCAGAGGAACCAGAGCUUCAUAACUGAUGAGACAGAAGAACGGACCAAUCAGGAGCCAGCUCUGUCUUCUCCUCAGGACGAGUUUGGAGGUAGAGGUCCCUGUGUGGACCCCCACCUCAGACAGAUCUACACCGACCCCCCCCUCACCCUGACCCCGCCCUUCAGCCCCUGGGUGAAGGAAUAUCGGGCCGAGGUGACCUUUGACACCGUGACGGUUCGAAUCCGGCCGCAGCCCGUCAGCUCAGCCUGCUGGGUCCACCUGGACGAGCACCGGGGCCCCAGGAUGGCGAACUACCCGGUCGGCCUCGGCAACAGCAGGAUCAGCAUCCUGGUGACGGACGGCGGCAAGCCGGAGCCGGUCGUCAUGACGAUCUACACCGUCCACGUGUACCGAGAGAGCCGGCCCAGCCUGCCCAUGUUCGGGGAUCACGUGACCUGCGGCUUCGUGCAGGACUGUGGUCUGCUGGUUCAGCCUGGUCGGUCUUGUGGUCUCCAGCCUCUCAUCAGGACUCAGAGUCCACUUCAGGGUUCACUUCAGACCUGCAGCUCAGGACAUGAACCAGGUCGGUGGGUGGUUCCGUGUCUCAGCUGUUCUGACAACAGGACGUGUGAUUGGAGGGAGGUUGCCUGGCAACCAGACAGCUGUUAUCACCCGUUGGUGGAUCGCCCCCUUCUGCAAGACUGUCUGACGGACAGGAAGGUGUUGUUUAUCGGCGACUCCACCAAUCGUGGGAUGAUGUACUUCCUGAUGGAGCGGUUGAACUCCAGUCUGGAGGACUGGGGGAAAGCUCACGACACGCUGGUCUACGGGAACCUGAACGGGGGCCGGACUCUGGUCAGCUACUCGUAUUAUCCUCAGUUCUGGUUGGAGAAGAACCAGAGGCCCACCUUCAGACAGGCUCUGCUGCAGCUGAUCGACAGGUCACGACCUCUGGUGAACUGUAACCGGACCGUCUUGGUGGUGGGAGGAGUCCAGUGGCUCAACACCAAUCACCUGAGGACGGUCAGAGAGGUGCUGAACAGAGAGUCUCUUGGUGAUGUCCUGGUGCUGGUGAAGUCCUUGGGGAUGGGUUUCCAUCUUCCUGUAGACGGGGUCCGGUCUCUCAGUCUGAAAGAGAUUCAGGAUCUCUACAGAGAGAACCAGAACAUCAUCACCACAGCAAAGCAUCAUGGGUACGAGGUGAUCGACACAUUCAGCAUCACGAUGGGUCGAUACAAAGAGUUCCUGCAGGGACGAUGUGCCUGCCACUUCCAUGAGGUGGGGAAGUUUUGGUCCUCCAGGCUUUCAGAGGACACAACGUCCACAACCAACACGACCAGAUCCACCAGAACUGGACCUAAACUCAGUAGCCAAUCAGUACUGCAAGACACAGACCAGGAGGCGUGGCCUAAAGCUUCGUCCUAUCACGUGAGAGGACCAGUGAACCAGGUGUACUCUGAGAUCCUGCUGAGCCGCCUGUGUCCCAAAACCAGAAACUGAACAAUUGAGAGAGAGUGUGUGUGUGUGUGUGUGUGUGUGUGUGUGUGUGUGUGUGUGUGUGUGUUUGUGUUUGUGUGAAGGUCAGCAGGGUUACGGUGCUGAAAGAUGAAAAGAAAGAAAAAGACUGAAAGCUGAAACAUUUUCCACUUUUCCUCUCCAGGUGGACUUGAAGGUGUGAUUGUACUUUGAUUGUACUUUGAUUGUACUUUGUACUUUGAUUGUAAUUUGAUUGUAAUUUGAUUGUACUUUGUACUUUGACAAGUACUUUACUUAUUUUGUUUUGAUUCUCAACAAGUUCUAAAAGUGACAAAAAAACCAUCCAGACUUUAAGGUCAAAGGUGAAAACAAACAGUAUCUUUACACAUUGUUCUAUGCAAAACCAUAAGAGACACAAAAUCACCAGAAACCAUAGAUUAUAAUCUGAAUUGACUUCCUUCUUGUGCACUACGCUGAACUUUAGCUUGUUUGUAGAGGUUGGUCUUGUUUUUUGGUAAUAAUUAGUGAUAACUAGUUCUUAAUGCACACAAGUUAGCUUCAAAUGCAUCAGCUGGUUUCUGAUCUUCACUAACUAGUAUUAGAGUAGAGUAUAACUAGUUUUGUCUAGUCCAAAGCUCACUUGCCAGUUUCAGUGCACACUAGCUACUUUCUUACACACAUUAACAAGUUUUUGAUGCAUACUAACUAGUUUCAUAUGCAUAUAAACAAGUUUAUGCAUAUGUAAUAGUUUGUAUACAUUCUCACACAUUUAUGAUGCAUAAGAACUAGUUUGUUAUGUAGACUAGUUACUUGUGCAAAGUAGCUAGUUAUUAUGCAUACUAACUAGUUUGCAAUGCAUACUAACUAGUUUCGGGUUCAUACUUACUCAUUUUUGAUGCAAACUAGUUUCGUAUGCAUACCAACACGUUUUUGUGCAUAAAACAAGUUCUUAUGCAUACAAGCUACUGUAAUACGCAUAGUGACUAUUUUUUGAUGCAUACUUACUAGUUCUUACGCAUACUAACUUGCCUCUGGUGCAUACUUUAGAGAUUCCGAUGUUUGCUAGCUAGAUUAAAUAAUGUACCAACUAUUAUGUUUUGCAUAUAAGCUAGUAUCUGAUAUAUACUUACUAGUUACCAUGUGGAGCAACUAGUUUGGGAGGCAUACUUUCUAGUUUCUGGGGCAGACUCACUAGUUUCUUAUGCAUACUAACUAGUUUUGUAUGCAUACAAACUAGUUUGUGAUGCAUGCUAAUUAGUUUGUAAUGCACAGCUACGUUUAGUGAACGAUAACUAGUCCCUGAUGCAUACUUACUAUGUUUAGUGAACGAUAACUAGUCUCUGAUGCAUACUUACUAGGUUCUGUGUACAAUAACUAGUCUCUUGUGCAUACUUACUAUGUUUUGUCUACAGUAACUAGUCUCUUGUGCAUACUUACUAGGUUUUGUCUACAGUAACUAGUCUCUUGUGCAUACUUACUAGGUUUUGUCUACAGUAACUAGUCUCUUGUGCAUACUUACUAGGUUUUGUCUACAGUAACUAGUCUCUGAUGCAUACUUACUAUGUUUUGUCUACAGUAACUAGUCUCUUGUGCAUACUUACUAGGUUUUGUCUACAGUAACUAGUCUCUUGUGCAUACUUACUAGGUUUUGUCUACAGUAACUAGUCUCUUGUGCAUACUUACUAGGCUUUGUCUACAGUAACUAGUCUCUUGUGCAUACUUACUAGGCUUUUCCUGUAUGUUUCUGUAGAGGAACAUCCUCGGUCAUAUUAUAGAGGCUAAUAUCUGAUUUAAUUUAAUGACUAACGUCCGACUCUCUAACCCAGGUCAUCCUCUUUGCCUCUUCCAUAUAUAUAUUUAUAUGUAUAAACCUCAGUAUUGACUUUAUUUUGUAUAUCAAAUAAUAUUCAGAACCAAAGAUUUGAUGAUAACUGUUGAUCAUGUAAAAGAAAGUCUUAUUGAUUCUCUGCUAAUGUGUCUAUAUUUUUCUACAGAUGUAUAUUGUACCUUUAUCUCUAAACAUGUUUACAAGCUGGAAAAUAGAAUAUAUGAACAUUUAUAUGAAUGUUGUGAUUCUCCUCUGCUCUUUAAAAUAUAUUUAAAUGAAUAUGUUUACCAGAAAGCUAAAACACACAAACACAAUUAAUCAAUAACAAACACAACUGUGACAAAUGGAAAUCUUUAUUUAGUUUUUCUUUCUUCAAUGUAUUCCAUGAAUGUUCAAGAAUCUCAUAUCAGAUGUUUUUUCUACCUAAACUUUCACCUUUGUUUUUUAAACUGUGUAGAUAUUUGUUUUAUACAUUUUAAUAUAUCCUUU